UUCGUACAAUUAUCUGGGGAGGGUCAGCUCAGCCAUGUCUUCAACCACGAGACGGAUAAGGGGCAUUGCCAUCCAUCGACCUCUGGUCAUUGGUUCGACGGCAACUCCCCUCACAGCCGCAGAGAAGAUGUCGGCAGACCCCAUGCAUACCCAUAAGUGGACUGUGGCAGUGCGUUCCGCAGCUUCCAAUCCCUUGCCCAACCAUCUCCUCGAUGGGGAUAGCAGUGCGCCCACGGGACCCACCAUCUCACCCACUACCUCUACAGGAGCAGCAGCUGGGACGCGAGGCAGGGAUACAGAGACAGACUAUCACAAGCACGUAGGAGGCAAGGACGACAUUUCGCACUUCAUCAGGAGAGUUCAAUUCAAGCUACACGACUCUUUUCCACAACCAAUGAGAACCUGUGAUCGCCCGCCAUAUCAGGUCAGCGAGACUGGAUGGGGAGAGUUCGAGGUGGGCGUCAAGAUUUGGUGGGCGGCAGAGAGCGGGGAAAAGCCACUGCAGACAUUUCACUACUUGAAGCUGCAUCCGUGGAACCCAAUUCCAGUAGCCGCGCCAGGCACAGGAGGAGCUGAGGCAAAUGAACAGACUGGGCUGCAAGAUCAAUCCAUGGAUGUAUCAAUGUCGGCUGCUCCGGCUGAGGGAGCUGAGGGGAACGGCGGCGAGGUUGCCCCCAAAGUUGAAGACAAUGCAGCCGCCGGACCUUCAACUCCUGCUGCUAGCGCAGCUGCUACUACACCUGCGGCGGCUACCGACGGUCAACCCGCGGUCAGUACGCCAGCUGCCCGGACCCAAGCUCCAGCUCAGCCAGACAUCGUACUUCCGCUCGUGGUCCACUCGUGGCAAUAUGAUGAGGUCGUCUUCCCCGAGCCGACAGAGGCGUUCCACAACACCCUGAUUGAGCAUCCACCAACUCCCCUCCCAUCGUCGAUCAGUCAAGCUUUCACAGAUCCAUCGAAAGUGCGCACUGCCCGACUGCAGAAUGGCUUCAACACCGUCUCCUCGGAGUCUGAUGGUCCCCCUUAUCCCCUUCAUGCCCCCUCCUCCCAACCUUACCUGCAUGGCAUGUCAGCACCUUCUAUUCAAGCAGAGGGAGAUCGACUGGAUAUUGCCAGGAUUGAAGCGGUCAGGGAACUGGAGAGGGAGAGGACACGGCUGAUCGAUGUCGAGAAGGAGUUGAGAAAGGUCAGAGAGAAGAUUGAUGCCCUCACGAGCACUGGAGCUGCAGGGACCUCGGCGGCUGUAGGAGGAGUGAGAGUGUAAGGAGGGGGCAGGGCGAGGCUAGCGACCGAUACCACCAGACAGAACUUGACACAAAAUUUGUACUGUACAUGUUAGCAUUUAGAUAGGUCCGAAAUCUUCACUCUACGGCCUGAAGUAGU